AUGUCGAUGGAGGCCCUCUCGACUUUCCAUCUCUUCUUCAGUGGCUUCCUGCUGGCAGUCUCCCUUUCAUCAGGUGCUGAAGCCACCGAGUGUCCCGGAGGAUGGAGGCAUCUCAAAGGAUUCUGCUAUGGCUUCUUCAACCUGAAAGUGACUUGGAUGAGAGCGGAGCUGGAAUGCCAGUCCUUAAAAUCAGAGAGCCACCUCGCUUCUAUCGACAAUGCAGAACAGGCAGAGCUACUGUCCAAGUACCUUGAUGAAGCCUACUACCAUCAACCGUCAUCGGUCUGGAUUGGGAUGUUCGAGAACGAAAUCGGGACUCCAAAGAAGAGGUACUUUGAGUGGGCGGAUCGGACCUCCGUCGGUUAUACGUCUUGGGCACCAGGAGAGCUGCACCACUUAAAGAAACAUUGUGCAGCCCUGCGCAAACCAGGAGAAAGCAGUUGA